GAAGGGGGCGGGGCGGCCGUGAGGCGGCCCGAGUGCGGCUGGCGGGGGAGACGGGACGGGACGGGACGGGACAGAAGAGAAGAGUAGCAUUGCUGCUCGGGGGCCAGUGGUUCCAGGGUGUAAAUGUAGAAAACUGAUCCUACUGUCCUGCUGAAGUCUGAGACUUGUGAUUGACAUUUCCCGCGGAAUUCGGUGCUCCCAACCCAGCCCUCCACCCGGCUGAACUGGAGACCUUCGCCACCGGACUUAACAGCCUGGCAUCUUAAUGGAAACAGAAGUUGAUGGUGGCCCGAGGUGACGUGUGGCUGAGGAUUAUUUGUGGGGGUAAAUGAUUAGAACUGCAGCUGAAUAACAAAAAGUCUGAAAACUGAAGAAUGGCAGCAAAUCCUUCAGGACAAGGUUUCCAGAAUAAAAAUAGGGUUGCAAUCCUGGCAGAACUAGACAAGGAGAAGAGAAAAUUACUUAUGCAAAACCAGUCUUCCACAAAUCACCCUGGAGCCAGCAUUGCACUUGCAAGAUCACCGCUGAACAAGGAUUUCCGUGAUCAUGCUGAGCAACAGCACAUUGCAGCACAGCAGAAGGCUGCACUGCAGCACGCACAUGCACAUUCCUCAGGAUACUUCAUAACUCAAGACUCUGCAUUUGGAAAUCUUAUUCUUCCUGUCCUACCUCGACUUGAGGCAGAAUGAGGAAUGUUGUUUCUCAGAACUGCAAGACGUGAUUUCUGUCCAUAGCAGGAAUUGUCUGACCUCUUAAUUUCAUUACUUACCUUAAAACCUAUAUUUUUCAGGAUUUUUGUGAUUGCCUUUUGGGAGCGUGAGCUCUAAUGAUGAGAAAGCAAUGUUGCUGAACUGCAGUUUUUGUCCUGCAUUUCUGUUCCUCUGUCAGGUCAGAUGUAAGACUUCCUUGGUGUGUGAAGUAUAUAACACUUGCUCCCCCCUGUUUCUGUGCUUCCUUUGAAUAAAUGUCCAAACCAGAGUCAUCAGGAAAUGCACACUCUGUAAGCAUCUGUGUUUCUUUUUCUUGUGUGCAGAUACUAUGUUUGACUUUACAGAAAGGAAAAGGGUUACUUGUGUUCAUCAAAAUAGACCUGAGUUUAUCAAAGCAUCGGUCAGUCUUUUGUUGUUUUUGGUUUUUUUUCUUUAUGCAGGAACAUUGAUAGUGUACUGUUUGCUGUUAUAGCAUCAUCUAGUCUCAAGUCCCUAGAUAUACUGUGCCUGCAUCUUCUUUUGUUUUGUGAAAUCUGAAAAUUAACUGAAGUGGGGAAAAAGCAAUUGUUUCAAAGAGUCUUUUAACAGGCUUAAGUGCUCUGGACAUUUCAGAUGCACAGUCUUAUCUGCAAGGACAGUUCCAUUUAAAAGGUCAUAUUUUUCUAGUCAUGCCUUGAAUUUUCAAUACUUAGUGUGUUUCGGUUUAGUUUGCUUUUUUUUUACUUGCUGUUUUUUCUGUAGUAACCAAUUCUGUCUCCAGGCUGAAAGAAAUUCUGUCUAAGGCAAGUGAUUUUGAAAUUGUGAUCAUGCUACCAGGAUAAAGUAACUUAGACUGAAAAAUAAUGCUGAUAUUCUUGUAUCUCCACAGCUUUACUAAUACAAUUACACUAGUACGUUGGUUGCUUUAGCAAGUUUUAGAAAACAUAAAGAACAAGAGAAUUUGAGAACCAGAAGUCAGAAAGCCAUCUGUUGAAAUGGUGCCCCUUUGAAGCAGCUCCAUCCUUUGCAGAAACAUAGCCGUCUCAUUAAGUUUCUGGGGUUGUAGUCUACAGAUAUCUUCAGAUGACAUUUAAGGUAUCCUGUUUCCAUCUGGAGGGGAUUUCCUGAACCCAGAAAGCACUACUGAAUUAUAAGCACUGUUAACAGUUCCAUUCCUCAUGAGUACAGUGCGAGGGCCAAGAGAUCGAUACAGGUAUAAGGAAAAUGCUGUUGCUUUCAUGUAUCUCUGCUGAGUACAGACCCCUCUCUUGAAGCUCUAGCAUAUUGAAACAUUUUCAAGGAAAAUCUUGUGGAGGAAGCCUGAUAGAGCUUAAAGAGAUGUAACUGUAACAUGAACUGUUUUGGGCUUUUUUUAGGGAUCUGGUGUGGUGAGUCAUGGGAAAGAUCAUCAGUCUUAUGGACAAUGGAGAAAGGAGUACUGCCAUUCCUGUUAAAGUGGUUGGCUCUGUGUAGCUUUUUAAUUAUCAAGAGUGACUUCACUGUGAAGCUGUCCUGACUACUCCUUAUUCUGCAGUGAGUUGUGUGGUGAUCUAGCUCUGGCUGGGUGCCAGAUGCCCACCAAGUUGUAAUGUCACUCCUAAACUGGACAGGAGAGAGAGAGAGAAAUAUAACAAGUGGUUUGUGACUUGAGAUAAGGACAGAGAGAUUGCUCAGCAAUUAGCGUCAUGGGCAAAAUAGACUCAACCUGGGGAGAAAAAUGUCUGAUUUAUUAAAGAAACAAUAAGAGCAGGGAGAUGAGAAAUAAAACUGAACCUUACAACACCUCCCCCCACCUCUCCCUCUUCCCAGGACUUUCCUUCCUUCCCCCUCAGUGAUGCAGGGGAUAGGGGCUGCGGUCAGUUCAUUACAGAUGGACUUUGCUGCUGCUUCUUCUCAGGGGGAGGCCUCCUCACACACCCCACUGCUACACUGUGGGGUCUCUCACAUGAGUCUUCUCCAUGAACUUCUCCAGCGUGGGACCUUCCGAUGGGUCCUUCCGAUGGACUGCAGCUCCUCACGAACUGCUCCAGCAUGGGGCCUCCCAUGGGGGCAGUUCCUCACACCCUGCCCCAACGUGGAGAACAGUCCUUCAGGUACCAACUGCUCCAGCCUGAGUCCCUCACAGGAUCACAAGCCCUGACCCCAAACCUGCUCUGGUGUGGGCUCCUCUCUUCCAGACUCCCAGGUCCUGCCAGGAACUUGCUCCAGGGUGAGCUUCCCAGAGUCACAGCCUCCUUCAGGCAUCCACCGGCUCCGAUGUGGGCUCCUCCAAGGGCUGCAAGUGGGUCUCUGCUCCUCUGUGGCCUCCAUGGGCUGCAGAGGCACAGCUGCCUCGCCAUGGGCUGCACCACAGGUCACAGGGGAGUCUUUCUUUCAGCACUCUCCUCCCCUUCCUUCUCCACUGACCUUGGUGUCUGUGGAGAUGUUACCUCAGUCACUAAUUGGCCAGGCCUUGGUCAGCUGGGGACUCCAUCUUAGAAUUGACUGGCAUUAGCCCUCUCUCUAUGGGGGAAGCUUCUGGCAGAUCUUUGUUUAAAGAAGCCGCCCCCUGUAGCCCCCUUGGUACCAAAAACCUGGCCCAGGCAAAACCACUGCAGUUGAGUAUCUUAGAUGCCUUAAAGAAAAAACAUCUGCACAGUUCUGUGUGUAGAAGAGGCAGCAAUGGAUCAAUCCAAGCUUGGAAGCAUACAAAGACAAGGUAAAGCAGACAAAGUAAGAAGUCUGGAUUAUAAAUUUUAGUUGAAUUUAAAAAGUAGGCUGGCCAUUUAAACACUGAAGAAACACUUUUUUUCUUGAGAAGUGACAGAAGAAUGUCUGCUUUCUCUAGAGCAGACCCUCUGUGCUACCAUAUGGAAUUACAGAAUCUCUUAAGAUUUGCUGCACAACUGCUUAUGGUCUGGGCAAUGAAACACUAAAAAAGCCUUCUUUGGAAAGCUGUAGUUGCUUCAUUACACUUGUUUGCUGGGUUGUUUUCAUCUCAGGUGUUGAAAAAUUUGCUUUUGGAAAUCCAGAGCCUGGGCACAAAGAUGGAGGUAUUCAAAAGAGGGGAGAUAUUGACACAGCUGCUGUGAUGUUUCUAAGUUAUUGUCCCUCAAUGUUCUGUGUAAUUGUGAGGGACUUGAUAUAUGUAGGUAUAAUUAUCAAAGAGACCAAUGUUGUAUAUGGAAGCUUUUAUCUUCGAAACCACAGGCUCCUACUAAUUAGUGUCAGAUGCGUCAAUUUGUCUUGCCACUAUUACUUUUGUCCACUAUUAAUCAGUAUUAAAAUCAUUAAUCUAUCCCUGUACAGUAAUUUCAGCAAAAUCUUUUCUCCUGUUGGAACUGCAUGUUCGAAUUCUAAACAUUACCACUUAUAAUAUACCCAAACCAGGAUGUGUCUGGGAUGUGUUCUGGCAGGAACCAUUAACCUGAUCACAUAAAAGCAGCAGGCUUUCAGUACAGUGCCCACUUGUGUACCUAAAAGCAUCUUAACACACCUAAUCAUUCAAAAAUCAUUUCAUUUGCUACAGUAGUAACUGGGCUUUCCACUCAACUGAGGUGGAAAGGUUGGUGCAGAAUCUGUAUCAGAGCUGGAUAGUGGAGGGACAGCAAGCCAUGGCACUGGUUAGGCCUUACACUAAACAGAUGGGAUCAAUGGGAGGUGGUGUGGUCAGACUUCCCAAGUGCUGGUAGUCGUCAUCCAUGAAGAACAGAUGAGGUUCUUCUUGAACUGAAGCACUGAGAGAACACAGCAUUGAACCAUAGCUACUUUAUUCUUAGCUCUGUGCUCUUCUGGACAAGUUCUGUCUCCCUUAUUUUGCCAAGUCCCUCACCAUCUCCCCACCAUUGUAGGCUCUGGAAAAUGCUCUUUUAACCCAAGAAGCAUGGCUUAUAGAACCAACAUGGUUUCCUACCACUACAGGUUUUUAGUCUCCAUUUUUUCUUAGUAUUUUCACUCUACUGGUAUUUUAGAAGCACUGCUGUGAAAUUAUUCAAUAGUACCUGAUGUAACGUUUGCACUUUACAUCAGAACACGGAAUACCUUGUGAAACUCAUUUUUGGAAAUGGAUUACACCUCCUGAUGUUACUUCCCAGGAACUUUGUAGUUGUUUUGAUGCGUUCAGUCAGUUAACAUAGCUAAAUGCCACUUCUCCUGGCCAUGCCAGCUGUAAUUUGCAAGUCCUGUGAACACUGCUGGGUGCCACUUUUCAUGCUGAGGAGUCCUGUCUGAGGUAGGCUGUGAUUUAAGCCCAGACAAACAGUAUCAUGCAGCCACUUGCUCUCCCUCCCUGCCCCCGCCACCCCCCUACCUUCCUCAGGAUGGCAGACGUCCGCAGUAAGACAGGAGGAGAAGGGCACAGAGGGCUCACUACCAGUUACGAUUCCAGGCAAAAGAGACUCCGCUGCUCCACUUACGGAAGAAAGUACAAAUAGUUUCUCUACCUCCAACUAGAAACAGAAAGCAAAACCAGAAAAGAAGGAUGAGAAAAACAUCAGCAGCGUUUUAAGAUAUCCUUCCCCUACACCUACCUUCUUCCCAGGCUCAGCUCCCUGUUCCCAAUAUCUCUACCUCCUCCCCCCCAGUGAUGCAUGGAGGCAGGGAAUGGGAGAUGUGGUCAGUCCCACACAGCUGGUCUGUGCAGCUUCCCAGAGGUUGCAGGUGGUGAAGACAACAAAGUAUGACAGAGUUUGGGCCCUUUAUGUUUUGAAUUUUUGGACAGGCAAUGUGCCAAUGAACAGAAAGCAGUUACAUACUGUUUGGAAGCAAGGACAAGUUAUUUUCCUCUUUGCAGCAGUGACCAGAUAAACUUGCCCAUUAUGCUGAAGUUUAGCCAUCAUUUUGUGCCCCUAAGCAGAAGUACAGGAGAGUGUCUGCCUGCCUGGGUGACUGUAGACCACCUCCAUCUGUUAGUGGGUUGCUGCUUAUGGAAGUGGGAACGAACAGAUGUGUGCCUGAGCCAAAGCUGCUGCCUCCCUGUUUCUGUGCCAGCAAGAGCUGGGAUGGGUCAGGGGGACUGCAUCUAUGCAGCUGAGGAUUGUUGCAGCAGAGAGACAUGCCAUGGGUCAUAUGUUUCCAAACUGUGUCCUAGCAGAUGGCUUGUUAGCCCAAGGAAAGAAAAAUGGCCAUGUCUUGAAACAUACAGAUGACUGGUGUGCAUGCUGCAGUGCCAGCCUCUCUAAGGACCAGCUGAUUUCUGCCCCAUUCAAAUGAAGGUGUGUUGUGCUGGCUUGGCUUGAAGCGGCUCUAUUCUGAGUAAGCCUGCUUCCCUGGACUUUGAGGUUUUCCAAGGCCAGGUCACCCUCUGAGGUAAGCCUGGAUUUCUCUCCCAGUCUCAUGCAUGCACUUGGACAGAGAAUGUUUUUGGCACAUUUGGGCCUGAUUGCUUUCA